CUUUCCAGCUUGGGGCUGGUCCGAUGAUCAGAAGCGGCACGUUGGUUGGUGCUGCGGGUUGUUGCUCCAAGCGGCUGCAUCUCUGCGGGGAAUUCUUGUGGGUCCUCCGGUUUUUGCUGAAGGAACAUCAGCAUGGAAGGCUUAUCGUCCAGUACCUCAGAUGACCCUCCGACUUCCACUGUCCUCUUGGACAGCUGCCACUUCUCGCAAGUCAUAUUUACAAAUGUGGAGAAGUUCUACAUUCCUGGCGCAGAUAUCACUUGCCACUACAACCUUUCUGAGUACAUCAUGCCACGUAGGAAAGACUGGGUGGGCAUUUUCAAGGUGGGAUGGAAGACGACGCGUGAAUAUUACACGUUCAUGUGGGCGCCGUUGCCAAGUGGCCCUGAGAAUGCUGCACCUCAUCAAGUCCUGUUUAAAGCUUACUACCUGCCGAAGGAUGAUGAAUAUUACCAGUUCUGCUAUGUCGACCAGGACGGGAUAGUCCGUGGCGCCAGUGUUCCCUUUCAGUUCCAUGCAGCGGCCGAGGAUGACAUGCUGGUGGUUACUACACAGGGAGAGGUGGAGGAGAUCGAACAGCAAAAUAAAUCGCUGCUUCAUGAAAACCAGAAACAGAGGGAAACGUUAACAAAUCUCCAAAAGCGGAACGAAGACUUAGAAGAGCAGGUUGAGAAAGCGAAGGAGACAGUGAAAGAGCUUGAGGACAAAGUCCAUUUGUUGCAGAGUGGGACCAUGGAGCUUCAGAGAGCUCAAGAUCUCCAGGCUUUAGAGAUCAGCUCUUCCCAAAAGGAACUGGCCGCUGCGAAGGAAAAUAACGUUAAACUGCAAGAGGAAAACCAGGAUCUUAAAAGGAGAUUGGAGGAUUUAAGGCAUGAAAAUGAGACCCUCUAUUCAGACGUGGAACUUGCCAAAGGGGAGCUCAUGAAUCUGGAAAUCCAGAGCGGCAACAAGGAGGCAGAACUACACCAGAUUAAAGAAGAGAAUAAAAAGCUGCUGGCUGAAAAGCAACAUCUGGAAAGCAAGUUGAAAGCUACCCUCGGUCGCGUGGAUCAUCUUGAGUCCCAGAUUGAGAAAGAACAAGAGGAAGUAGUAAAGCUCCAAAACACAGAUUCGGACAGAGCCAUGCUCCUAGAGCAGCUGAAGGAAGAAAACAAUCAGUUACAUGCCACCUUGCUUAAACAGAAAAAAUAUGGCUAUUUGGAAAAGGAACUGGAGGAGAAAGCACUCUUGCUUCAGACCCUGCAGAAGGAAAAGGAUGAAAUAGAAAGAGAGUCUCAGAGAUUAAAGCGGGAGAAUGAGGAUCUCAUGGCACACCUCCCUGAAGUCCUAGAAGAUGCACCUGCUGGGGCCUUCACUCAAUCAUCUGAAAAUGGGGCUCUUGUGUUUGGGAACCCGUAUUCUAGCAUCCCCAAGCAUCCUGAUCCAGGCUCGGACUCCAUGAAGAAAUGUCCAGUGUGCUAUGAAAUCUUCCCUCCUGACUGCGGAGAGCAGUAUUCAGACCAUGUGCGAAGCCACCUUCUCGAAUGCCCGUAUUGCGACGAGACCUUUGACCCGUUUAACAAGCAAGUGCAUGAAGACCACGUUUUCUGCCAUGCCUUAGACUUAAGCUGCAACUCGCGGCUGGAAUAAUCUGCAAGGGAUAGCAUCCUUGUUCUCUUUCUUUGUAUGAUUGGAUGGAACGAUUUCUGUAGGCAAUUUCUGCCGCUGUUUAAACAUGCUGUGCGGGGAAGGGGUGUGUGAAAUCUAUAUUGCAGCACUGAUACUUUUCUUCCGUUUUGUGACAUAUGGAUCCAAUGAGCAUAGCACUUGUGCUGUGUGAAAGGAUAUAGGUUGAUUUUAGUACAUCUUUCUACAGCAUGAAUAACACUAAGCAUUAUUUUCAGAGCUGUUUUCUUCCGUGCCUUUCACUGUAGAUGGUGAUUUGCUUCCUCGCUGUUUCUAAAUGGCAGAAACCUCUCUAGCAUAAGGAACUGCUUGUAAUAUGGCACUUGAUUCGUUAUGGAAACUAUAAAAAGCUCUACCUUU